UUAUUUAUGUUUUUGUAGUCUUAUGAAUUAUCAUCUAUUAUGUUUUGAUAAUAAAAAUAUUGAUAGUAUCUGACAUUGAUAUUUUACAUUACAAUUUUAAUAAUAAAUUCAGUGAUUAUAAUAACUGUGUUAUUAGGACGAAACUGGAUUGGAUAGCUCUGUAAGACAUAUAUCAACAUCCUAUGUUGAGAAUGUAUCCAAUUUGAAUAACUCAUUUAUUAGUGUUCAUCUAUUACUAAAUAUAGAACUAAAUAAUGCCUGUACUUCGAUGAGCAGAAUGAACAAUAAAAAUCAUCAAGAAAUUCAGAAUACAAGUUCCAGCGAUAAAGCCCAGCUUGAUCUCUAUAACCUAAUUGGUGGGAGUUGGCCACCAGCACCCCGUGAGCCUGAGAGAUUUGAUUAUGGGUCAGUACCCAGAAGACAUAGGCACACUAUGCAGCAUCAUUCACCCAAUGAAAGAAUAAAGUCUCUGAAUCUACUCGCUCAUAUAGCGCCUGAACGACGUCGCAAGCCUUCUGUUACCACAGCAGCUGCAUCAACUUCAACAAUCGGACGUAACUCUGGACAUAAACCCAAGAUGGUACAAGAACCUAAGAAAAUAGGUACUGGUGUCCUCGUUGAUGUACGCACAGAAGAUACACCGGACGAGGUAUAUGACACUCCAGUAUUGGGAUCUCCUCGUGCAGUUGCGCCUACCUCAUCAUCAUCGCCUCUUCACUUACAAGAAGAAAUAGGAGUUGGGUCACUUGUUGAAGUAGCAACGGAUGUUGAUCAACAUUAUUAUGGAGUUGUAAGGUGGAUUGGCAUAGUUAAUGAUACUGCAACCGCGGGUGUAGAGUUAGAACAGAAUGUGUGUGGAUUAGGCGACGGCACAAAGGGCGGAACCCGAUUGUUCACAUGUGCGCCGGGUCGCGCCCUCUUCGUGCCCCUACCAUUAUGUCGCCGUGAUGCACGGUUUCGGGACACUCCGCCUCCUGAUCGUGCCGAUCUCCAUGAGACGAACGAUUUUGAACAACCCGAAUGUCCUGUUGUACCAGGCGUUGUGCCCCCACUGAACUCAUUGGGUGAGCUCGCGGGUAAAAAUCGAGGAAUCCAGGGUCAUCACAAUUCGUGCUACCUCGAUGCAACGCUAUUUGCCAUGUUCACUUUCACUAGUGUUUUCGACGCGCUACUCUAUCGCCCGCCAGAGGCUGAGGAUUCUCCACACUACUCAGAGGUGCAGCGUGUGCUGCGCGAGGAGGUGGUCAACCCUUUGCGACAACAUGGAUACGUGCGCGCCGACCGUGUCAUGAAGCUGCGUACGCUGCUCGAACGGCUGUCCGACGUGCCCGGCCUUACCUCCGAGGAAAAGGACCCUGAAGAGUUUUUAAAUGGCCUAGUAGCACAACUGUUACGAGCGGAACCAUUUUUAAAACUGUCUUCAGGACAAGAGGCAUAUUGUUACCAACUAUUUGUGGAAAAAGACGAACACGUUUCACUACCCACCGUUCAGCAACUGCUGGAACAAUCAUUUGCCACGUCUGGUGUAAAACUUAGUGAGGUUCCAGCAGCUUUUAUAAUCCAGAUGCCCAGAUUUGGAAAACAAUACAAGCUUUAUCAACGAGUGUUACCAUCACCUCUUCUCGACGUUACUGAUCUGAUCGAAGGCUUGCCUCGUCAGUGUACGGUGUGCGGUGCGCUGGCUCGCUGGGAGUGCGGCGAGUGCGGCGCGGCGGCGGCGGGGGCAGCGGCGGGGGCGGGGGGGGCCGACGCACGUGGCGCCGCCCUCGAGGCAGGCGCGCUCUGUACCGGCUGUCUGCGACUCACGCACGCCACGCGCCCGCACCACCAGGUACCGCUUCCUCAGGCGCGCUCUGUACCGGCUGUCUGCGACUCACGCACGCCACGCGCCCGCACCACCAGGUACCGCUUCCUCAGGCGCGCUCUGUACCGGCUGUCUGCGACUCACGCACGCCACGCGCCCGCACCACCAGGUACCGCUUCCUCAGGCGCGCUCUGUACCGGCUGUCUGCGACUCACGCACGCCACGCGCUCGCACCACCAGGCAACACCUCUUACUAUUUGCGAUGAGUUUGAAAAUAUUCUUGAAACUUGUCCUAUUCCAAGAGUGUAUAUGGAGCUGUUUGCGGUGCUGUGCAUAGAAACAAGUCAUUACGUCGCCUUCGUGAAGGCCGGAGUAGGACAUGAGGCACCAUGGUGUUUCUUUGAUUCAAUGGCCGAUAGAAAAGGCGAGCGGAACGGCUACAACAUUCCAGAGAUAGUGUGCAUAGAGUCGCUGGGCGCGUGGCUGAGCGAAGAGGGCGGUCGCGCACUGUCGGCGUCCGCGCCCUCCGACCGGCAGCUGCCCGUCCACGCCAAGCGACUCCUGGCCGACGCCUACAUGUGCUUCUACCGCAGCCCCGACGUCGCCAUGUACCGAUAGCGUCCGCGCCCUCC